UCUGGGCCUCUUAUUGUGGCUGCAAGGCUGCUUUUGUAUGGUGUCUGGGCAUCUGCUUGCAUCAACGGGAACCUCGUUCCUGCCACCCCGGCGCGCGAAUCUUCCCCACAUCCACGCUAACAACCCCAAUCACCCUGAUAAAGAGAUAAGCAUUAAGCCAUCUCCGCCCGUCAUUCGCUGCCCAAAGCCCUAACGCAGCAAGUUUACGCUGUACCCAGCACUACGGACAGAUAGGCGUGCAUGCGUACCACUGUAUCGCGCUUCGCCAUGCGUCUGUUGCGAGAAACGGCGGUUCACGUUCCCCGCUCGUGGCUUGUAGUAACGACUGGGGGCAAGAUUGGCAAGUGACCUUGAUAUAAUGCCAACGUCGCUCAUUGUUCAGCUGUUCAACCUAUCCGCAGUCUACUGUUCAACUUGUGCUUGACGCCGUUGUUGCUUUCACGUUGUGUUCAGCCAGCCACCGACACCGUUGAGUACGCCCAUGCACAACUAUGUCAUCGACACACAAGCACGCAGUCGCCGACGAACCGGUCACGAGCGUCCUGCCUGAUGGUGAUAUACCGUAUGAUCCGGAUCAUGACUUCAAUGCCGAUGAGGAGGCUCUGGCAGCGUUGGGUUACAAGAGUGAAUUCAAGAGAGAAUUCAGUCUGUUCACGACGUUCUGCGUGAGUUUUGCGGUACUAGGAUUACUACCGAGUUUCGCAAGUACACUGUAUUAUGGCAUGGGAUAUGCUGGAACGGCUGGCAUGACCUGGGGAUGGAUCAUAGCCAUGAUUGGGAUCCAGUGCGUGGCAUGCAGUAUGGCAGAGUUGUGUAGCUCCAUGCCGACAAGCGGAGGACUGUACUAUGCUUCAGCAGUUCUUGCACCUCAAGGUUGGGGACCGUUCGCUGCAUGGAUCACAGGCUGGAGUAACUGGCUGUCUCAGGUCACUGCGGCGCCAUCCGUCAAUUAUGGUAUCGCAGCCAUGGUCCUCGCCGCAGCGUCCAUCCGUGAUCCGACCUACAUCCCCACUGAGUACCAGACCUUCCUUCUCACCGUCUUCAUCAUGAUCCUGCACGCCAUCAUGUCCUCCCUCCCAACUCGCUGGCUGGCGCAGAUCAACUCGGGCGGCUCAACAUUCAACUUCCUCGCGCUCAUCAUUGUGAUCAUUAUGAUCCCGGCUGGCACGGACCGCGAAGAGCGUGGCCUCCCCAAGUUCACACCAUCCCGCGAAGUUUGGGGCACUAUCUACGAGGGUACAACAUUCCCACCAGGCAUCUCCGUACUGAUGAGUUUCAUCGGUGUGAUCUGGACGAUGAGCGGAUACGAUAGCCCAUUCCAUCUGGCAGAGGAAUGCUCAAAUGCGAACCUGGCUGCGCCUCGCGCUAUCGUGCUUACUUCUGCGACUGGUGGCAUCUUCGGAUGGUUCUUGCAGCUUGUGGUUGCAUACACCGUUGUUGAUAUCGAUGCGGUAUUGAACUCGGAACUAGGCCAGCCGUUCGCUGCAUAUCUUAUGCAGUGCAUGACCGAAAAGAUGACGCUUGCCAUCCUCGCCUUGACUAUCAUUGCAGGUUUCUCGAUGGGUCAAGGGUGCAUGAUCGCGGCGAGUCGAGUCACCUUUGCGUAUGCGCGUGAUGACUGCUUCCCAUUCAGUAACGUCUGGAGGCAGGUCAACAAGCAUACACAAACGCCAGUCAAUGCUGUUUGGUUGAACUGUGCAGUGGGCAUCGCUUGUUUGCUGCUCAUAUUUGGAGGAGAGCUAGCGAUUGGGGCCUUGUUCAGUAUUGGUGCCAUCGCUGCCUUUGUUGCCUUCACAAUACCAAUUUUCAUCCGCGUCUUCUUCGUCGGCAACCGUUUCCGCCCCGGCCCCUGGAACCUUGGACGCUUCUCCAUCCCCACUGGCACCAUCGCCUCUGCGUUCGUCAUACUCAUGGUACCUGUUCUGUGUUUCCCCAGUGUCACGGGUGCAGACCUGCGCGCGGAUGUUAUGAACUGGACGGCUGUCGUGUAUGGUGUACCCAUGCUUUUAGUAUGCAUUUGGUGGGUCGUAUCGGCACGGAAGUGGUUCAAGGGCCCGAAGGUCAAUGUCGCGCACAUGACGCAUGGAGAGGAGCAGCAGAUUCUCGAGGGUCAGAACGUGCAGAGGUCGAUCUCGGCCGGCUCAGGGAAUGGUGUGCCAGAGAAGCUGCAGGAGGUGGCAACUUCAUCCGCCUGACAUGGUGUUUCGAAUGUACGUUCGGUACUGGUAGAUAGCAGCUACGCAAUGACCAAG